CCGAUUCGAAAGCAUUCUGAUUGAGUCGAUCAUCCAAUUUUUAAAGCUUGUUGAACUGAAAUUCUUGUGAAUUUAUUAUUUGCAAAUUGCAAAGAUGAUUAAAGCUGUAAUAAUUGUUGGUGGUCCACAAAAAGGUACCAGAUUUCGUCCAUUAUCUUUCAAUUCUCCAAAACCAUUGUUUCCAAUUGCCGGUUUACCGAUGAUCGAACAUUUGAUUAAAGCAUGUAUUCAAGUUCCAAAAAUGAAAGAAAUUCUAUUGAUUGGAUUCUAUCAACUGGAUGAUGCUUUUACCGAAUUUAUUCAAUCAAUGACAUUGAAAUAUCAGAUUAGUAUCCGAUAUUUACAAGAGUACACCCCACUAGGCACGGCUGGUGGUAUCUAUCAUUUCCGUGAUAUGAUCCGCUUGGGAGAUCCAGAAGCUGUAUUUCUCAUUAAUAGUGAUGUUUGUGGAAAUUUUAAUCUUGAUUCAAUGUUGCAUUUUCAUCGUCAUAUUCCACAUUCGGAUAAAUUAAUUACAAUCAUGGCAACAGAAGCUACACGUCAACAAUCACUCGAGUAUGGAUGUAUUGUGGAAGAUCCGGAUACGCAUGAAAUGUUGCAUUAUGUUGAAAAACCUGGAUCAUUUGUUAGUACGACAAUUAAUUGUGGUGUAUACAUAUUUUCAACCGGACUUUUAAGUUAUCUAUCAUCGGUUUUCAAAGAGAAACAUGAAUCAAAUAUGAAUGAUGUCGAUAUUCUCAAUAUGGAUACAACAUCAAUGAAUCGUGCUCAUUCGGAUGCCAUUAGUUUGGAAUAUGAUGUUUUCAAACGUUUAUUUGAAUCGAAAAAAAUUUACAUUUUCCAUCAAAAAGAACAUUUCUGGUGGAGUCCGAUAAAAACACCCAGUUCAGCCAUUUAUGCUAAUCGACAUUAUCUUUCAACAUAUCGAAAAUUUAAUCCAGAAUUAUUGAGUUCAACCGAACCCAGUGGAAAUGGUCCUACAAUCAUUGGCGAUGUAUAUAUUGAUCCAACAGCUGUUAUAGAUCCGACAGCCAGGAUUGGUCCAAACGUAAGCAUAAGCGAAGGUGUCAAAAUUGGUGCCGGUGUUCGCAUAAAAGAAUCAAUUAUAUUGAAAAAUGUAACCGUUAAAAAUCAUUCAUUGAUCAUGUAUUCAGUGCUUGGAUGGAAUUGUGCCAUUGGUACAUGGUCUCGUGUAGAAGGAACACCUUGUGAUCCAAAUCCUAAUCGUGCCUAUUCCAAAAUGGAAAAUCUUCCAUUAUUCGAUUGUGAUGGAAAACUUAAUCCAUUAAUUACGGUUUUAGGUUGUAAUGUAAGGGUUACAUCAGAAAUUAUCAUAUUGAAUUCAGUUGUAUUACCUUACAAAGAAAUUAAUCGAAGUUAUAAAAAUGAAAUUAUUUUAUAAUUUAUUAACGAUAUAAACUUGUUGUUGAU